AUGUACAUCCUAGCAUAUGAGAAUGACCUUAUCGGGUUUUUAAUGUAUAGGACGGAACGUAAAGUAAUGUACGUUUAUGAAGUACAUGUAGAUGAGCUGUAUAGAGGUAAAGGAAUUGGUAGCAUGCUUUUGAAGUGCGCCUAUGGUGUUCUUGAGAAGAAGUAUGUGAAGAUGGUGUUAUUUGUUGACAGGAGAAAUUUAGGAGCAGUUAGGUUUUAUGUUCGUAAUGGGAUGGCCAGGGAUAUUGAGGAAGAGUAUAAAGGAUCGGGAUAUGAGGCUUAUUCUUAUGUGAGAAGAGGAGUAAAUAUUGAGAAUUAA